AUGAGGCCCAGUAAUAUACAUGUUGCUAAAACAGUUUGUUUGUGGGCCAUCUGGUUACUUCCAUGUCUAGUAGAUGGUGCAGCUAAAGGAAAUGUGCUUCUGUUCUUUGUUGAUGAUGGUGGCUUCAUGCAGAGCUCCUACAACAACACAGUAUGUAAAACACCAAACUUGGACAAGCUGGCAAGUCAGAGUGUCAUCUUUCGUAAUGGAUACACUAGUGUCAGCAGUUGCUCUCCCAGCAGGUCAGUGCUACUAACGGGUCUACCCCAGCACCAGAAUGGGAUGUAUGGUCUGAAGCAUAGCGUACAUCACUUUCAGUCUUUUGAUAAUGUCCACAGUCUUCCAGUCAUCUUGAGUCAACACAACAUUCGAACAGGUCUCAUUGGCAAGAAGCAUUUAGGCCCUGAAAGUGUCUACACAUUUGACUAUGAGAGGUCAGAAAAUCAGUACAACCAGGAUCAAAUCGGCAGGAACAUUACUUUCAUGAAGCAGUUUGUUCGGGAGUUUUUGAGUCAGAAAGAUGACAGGCCAUUCUUCCUGUACAUAGCUUUUUAUGAUACCCAUCGAGGUAAUGGCAGUAACCAGUCCUACUUUGGUCCUUUCAUGAAUAACUGGGGCAAUGGACAACCAGGGAUGGGAGUAAUUCAAGACUGGAAGCCAGAAACGUAUGACCCAGCUUCAGUUGUUGUGCCGUAUUUCUUGCCAGACACUCCAGCAACCAGACAGGAUAUUGCUGCCAUGUACACCAGCUUCAACCGGAUGGAUCAGGGGGUAGGUCUGUUCCUUCAAGAACUGAAAGAUGCAGGCCACCUGGAGGACACACUGAUUCUCUUCACAGCUGACAAUGGGAUUCCCUUUCCUAAUGCUAAAACAAACCUGUAUGAACCUGGCAUGGGCGAGCCUAUGAUGAUGUCAUCUCCCUUUCAUAAAGACAACUGGGGAAAGUUUUCCCAUGCUCUAGCUAGCACCAUGGACUUUGCUCCGACGAUACUUGACUGGUUCAACAUUAGCUACCCCCAGUAUAUGCUCAAUGGUGGCCGGGUGUCUCUGACAGGGCGGUCUCUGCUCCCAUUGGCUGCUGAUCCAGCUGCCAGCGGCUUCACUCAUGUCUUCAGCAGCCAUAACUUUCACGAGGUUACAAUGGCAUACCCCAUGAGAGUGAUAGUUAAUCAACAGUACCGGCUGAUACAUAACAUUAACCAUGGGGCUCCUUAUCCACUUGCUACAGAUUUGUAUAACAGCUGGACUUUUCAGGAUAUUUUAAACAGAACAAAAAGUGGACAGCCAACACACUGGUUCAAGGGCCUGCGCCAGUACUACUACCGAGAUGAGUGGGAACUGUUUGACCUUGAGAAUGAUCCGCAGGAGCUGAAGAACCGGGCUUAUGACUCUGGUUACAGCCAGGUUUUCAAACAGCUGAACCAAACGUUGGCUCAGUGGCUGCAGGCAACAGGUGAUCCAUGGAGGUGUAUGCCUCAUAGUGUGCUCUUUGAUGACCAAUGUUAUCCCAUGUACAAUGAAAUUUAG